ACGAGAACAGAAAGACAUAAAUACUCUGUAAAGCUGCUGGGAGAGCAAAGCAACGAAAAUUGAAUUCCUACUAUACUCCCAGUGCCAGCGCUUAUUGCGACCUUUUUUUUUUAUUCUGAAGCGUGAACUGACAUAUUUCCUGCCUGCACGAGAGACAAUGAGAAAUUAUUUCGAGCUUCCAGGAUUCACACUUGCCCUCAAUUAUGAGCCACAGGGGAAAUACAACCAGGAAAUAAGGCAAGACGAAGGAGGACUGUUUGAAUCUGCCCUAAGCGUGGGCGAGGGGUUUGAGCGCAUAUUAACUCUCCGCGAAAUCACAAUGCUGCAAAUCAUGAAUGAGGUUACCGAUAAGCCUGAGUGGAACAGAAAGGUAUUUGACAAGGACAUUUGCAAUAAAUGGCGGGCUGAGGCUCUUGGGGGUGGCCAAGUUACAGAGAAAAUGAUGGACUGGGUCAUUGCUGAAAUUCAAUACAAAGUCAAGGCAUACGAAGAAAAUGGAAUGAUCACAGCUUACAACGACGAUAUUGUUAAAUCCGACACUUCUGUGGAAGAAUCUAUCAAAAAUUCGUUGAAGAAGGCUGUCGCUUUUCUUGAAAACGUUCCUGAUCCGUACAAGGAUUAUCAUCCUGGAUCGAACGAUCAAGUUUUGGAUUUGGUACAUCCGUCUCUAUUCCCUUUGGUAUAUGGCCGAAGCCGAAUCUUGCGCGAUGAGCGCAUCGGUCUUGAAGAUUGUGUCUCCAAAAUUGGUCAUGGCGAAAUAUUGGCUAAGCCAAAAGAAGCGCCCAGCCCGCCGCAAUAUCCUACAAAUUGGAACUUCAAACCGUAUAGCCACAAAUUUCAGUGGUUGCCUUGCGAUGUUGCAAUUUCCUCAACUUCAUCUGAACGCAAUCUCGAGUCAGAGGAUGAUACAGUGCCUCCAGGGAAUGGCUGCAAAAUAAUGAGCUAUAUCAACAAUCUACAUCCCCACACGCACAAUGAGCUUUAUCCAAUCAUCGAGAAGAUCAUUGUAUGUGCGAUUCCUCUUUGGAACAAGACAUUAGAUCAUCAGCGACGACCACUAUUCUCCGGACGAGAGAAAAGGCGAAUCGAGUACAACAUUGUGGAUUAUGAAGAGAUUCCAGAACAUCUCAAGCCCCAGCAAUUACCAGGCGAAGACGAGGACGACUAUGACGAUAGAAUUGAUGGUUGGGACCGCCCCUAUAUGAAAGUCAUCCAACCCGAGCCGGGCGAAUUUAGACCACCUCCAGAGUACAAUAUGGUCGAUCUUCGCAAACAAUAUGCGGAAAACGGUUUGCAAGUGAUAGUAAAGCUUGCCAAUAUUGAGCUCACGCCGGAGAAGCCCGAGUACACAGGAGGAUCGUGGCAUGUUGAAGGCCAAAAGAAUGAACACAUUUGCGCUACAGCCCUCUACUACUACGACAGCGAAAAUAUCACAGAGAGCCGCCUGUCCUUCCGCCACUGCACCUAUGAGGACAUGAUCGAUGUCCAUUAUCCACAAGAAGAGCAUGGCUUUCUCACUGACAUUUUCGGAUGCGAGCAACAUGGCUCCACCGUGCAGUAUCUCGGCGACGUCAUCUGCAAAGAGGGCCGGUUGUUGACUUUUCCAAACACGCUCCAGCAUCGCGUUGGCUCCUUUCGCCUCGCUGACCCUACUAAACCCGGUCACAGAAAAAUUCUGGCCCUGUUCUUAGUCGACCCUAACAUCCGCGUCAUUUCCACCGCAAACAUUCCUCCCCAACGACAGGACUGGUGGCGUGACGAGCUCGCGAGACGCGGUGCUCUGAGUCAAUUGCCACCAGAGAUCCAGAGCGAGGUACUGGACCAAGUCGACUUUCCUAUGAGCCUUGAUGAGGCCAAAGCGCUCCGACUAGAACUCAUGGAUGAGCGGAGGGCAUAUGUCGCUACGCAGGAUGAUGAGUUCAAUAAAGUCAAAUUCAAUCUGUGUGAGCAUUAGCACUGAGCAUUUAAAAUUAAGAAUCACUAUGUUGGGUACCGAAGCCCGCCGUUGGAAACAUUUCAAACCCAGGCAUAUAAAUAGUUCUCUUUUUCUGCCACUCUUUCUCUUUCUCUAUCAUAGAGAAUAGUCCAUUCCUGUCA